AUGGGGCCCUAUGGAGACUGGCUCCUGGAGGACACAGCUGCUGUGUGCAGAGACCUGGACUGUGGCUCUGCUGUUUAUGGAGAAAAGAGAAAGGAUUUUCCACAGAGUCCAGUGUGGUGGGUCUCAUCUGACUGUGUGAAGAAGUUUGCAGUGAGAGACUGUGUCUAUGAUUCUUCCUCCUCUUCCUCCUCUUCCUCGGGUCUGGAGGUGAAGUGUUCAGACUCGGUGCGUCUGGUCUCGGGGCCCAGUCUGUGCUCAGGAUCAGUGCAGAUCUGGGACCAGUCCUGGACCUGGGUCUGUGAAGGGGCCUUGGACCAGCAGGGGGCAGAGGUGCUGUGCAGGGAGCUGGGCUGUGGGGCUCCUUCUCUCCUCCAGGGGGCGCUCUCUCCUCUGGAGCAGACGUUCCACUGUGAGGGCCAUGAGUCUGCUCUGAUGGACUGUCCCCGCUCCGGCUCAGAGACCUGCUCCUCUGGAGCCGCUGUCAACCUCACCUGCUCAGAGCCGCUCAGGCUGGUGGGAGGGGCCAGUCGCUGUGCUGGGACUGUGGAGAUGAGACACAGAGGAGAGUGGAGACGGAUGGAGCCCAAUAGACACUGGCUCCUGGAGGACAUAUCUGCUAGUCCAGUGUGGGGAGUCUUACCUUACUGUGUGAAGAAGGCUGCAGUGAGAGACUGUGUCGAUGAUUAUUCCUCCUCUUUCUCCUCUUCCUCGGGUCUGGAGGUGAAGUGUUCAGACUCGGUGCGUCUGGUCUCGGGGCCCAGUCUGUGCUCAGGAUCAGUGCAGAUCUGGGACCAGUCCUGGACCUGGGUCUGUGAAGGGGCCUUGGACCAGCAGGGGGCAGAGGUGCUGUGCAGGGAGCUGGGCUGUGGGGCUCCUUCUCUCCUCCAGGGGGCGCUCUCUCCUCUGGAGCAGACGUUCCACUGUGAGGGCCAUGAGUCUGCUCUGAUGGACUGUCCCCGCUCCGGCUCAGAGACCUGCUCCUCUGGAGCCGCUGUCAACCUCACCUGCUCAGAGCCGCUCAGGCUGGUGGGAGGGGCCAGUCGCUGUGCUGGGACUGUGGAGAUGAGACACAGAGGAGAGUGGAGACGGAUGGAGCCCUAUGGAUAUAAUGGACCCUGGGUCCUGGAGGACACAGCUGCUGUAUUGAUGUUUCUUCUCUUCUUUUUACGCUUCUCCACACCCGACGGGUAG